AUGACUCAAGAAGGCAAUCAGGCUUCAGGAUGGCCGCAAGAUAUGCAAGAGGACCAUAUCGUCGCUGGGGUCGGUGACGAUGACUUCACAAAAUUCCUCGACCUGGAUGACAGUGGCUUCUCCCAGUUCUCCAAUAUGACUCAGACUUCCUCUGGCCUCGACACUCCUAUGGGUCGCCUGGCCUUUGGUAGUGGUACUGCCUUGAAUUAUAGUGGCCAGGAUCAGAUGGACAUGUCAAUGGCGCCAUCCCACAAUGCAAUGAGCUAUAGUCAUCCAAUGCACUCAAGCGCAGCAUACUCGCAAUUUCAACCGUAUUCGCAGAUGCAAAUGCAGCCUCAUUAUCAUGUCCCGCUCACUCCCGUCAGUGCAGACAUGCAAGCGACCAAAUACGUCCAGCAAAUGGGACACAAUGGACAAAUCCUCUUUGACCAACAGCAGGUUUCGUUCACCCCCUUGGUCUCUCCAGCCCAAACUCCCAUGGAUGGAGGAUUCGUCAUGUCCGACUAUGGGCUAGCAGAUGAUUUCUUCAGCCCACUAACAUCCCCUGCCAUCGAGGCACAGGCAGCAUACACCGACACCACGGCAUCUCCUGUAGAUCUCAAUACUGAUCUCGGAACUACGAAGCCGACCCCCUCGGGCCAAAAAAGAUCUCGACGGAAGGUGAGCAAUGCGACUCGGACUCCUGCGCGGAGUGUGAAACCAUCCCCAGCAAUGAAGCCUCAGUUGCGACAACGCCCGCCAUCAAUGAACUCGAUUUCAUUCGAAAAGCUCACGCAAGCAUCUCACGGCUCCAGUUUACAGCCACCAGGCCCGGGGAGCGCUACUUUCCAAACAAGCGAUGACUCGGUUUCGCCGGAGCCAUUGUCAGAGGCUGCAAUGCGACCUCCACCAGUCCCACAACCGGGAAGAUCGCCACGACCGGCGGCCCUAAGCAAAAAGAGUUCAGAUGGCAACGCGGUCACCCCAGCAACUCUGAUGAGAAUGCCCAGCGAUCAGGCGCUGUCGUCCAAGGCAUUGGACCAGCCAAGGGUUCCCAAGGAUGGAGAGGAGCUGAUGGAGGAUAUGAUGUUGCCUGCGGCAGUCUCCGUUGCCCCUCCUGUGCUGGCGACGAUCGAUACUAGCAGAGCUGGAGAAGACAGCGAGACGACACCAACGAUAUCUGCCAAGUCUGCAAAGCUCAGUGCCUCGAGUACACCGAGGAGCACGUUGAUCCGAUCGGAGUCAGUAGAGAAGUUUGCUAAACCAGGAAAAGUCGAGGGCCGUGGUGGACGGGCAAGUAAGAAAAGGCAAAGCACUUCGUCUGCCACCAUUUCCCCUGCCCUGCGGCCUAAGAUCUCGCCGAGCAUCAGCCCUCUGGUGCCUGCGUCUGCCCCUGGCAUGCCGCACAUCUCGCCUGACGCUAGUGCUCUCUACUUGGCGUCCAAGUCCAAUUACCAAAACAUUCUAGAGGGCACACAUCUCCCCGGAGUAUCAUACCCCGAGACACUAGCCGAAAAUCUCACAUCGAAACGCACAUCUCACAAGAUUGCCGAGCAAGGGCGACGCAAUCGAAUCAACCUGGCAUUGAAGGAGAUUGAGGCACUUUUGCCAGCGUCGAUAUUGGGACUUAAUGGGAAAAAGGAUCGAGCAAGCUCGCAUGAGAAUGAAGAGACAGAGGCCAAAGCAGCGGCAGCGGCCUCAGCUCAGGGGACCAGCAAGGCAAGUACAGUGGAAAUGGCGAUUGUUUACAUUAAGAAUUUGCAGAGCGAAUUAGCAGAGACCAAGGACAAACUAGAGGCAGCAGAGAAACGACUCGCAGACGGCGCCAGCAGUGCAGAGAGCCAGGCUUCGGAGGGAUAA